AUGGAUGAGGAAAGUGUUGUGGAUAAUGUAAACGAAGAUAAAAAUACUCCUCCAAAAGUUGCCAAGGUGGUUUUCCAAAUAGCCUAUGGUGCUAUCCCAGAUACUUCGAAGUUGCAGUUGAGUAUGGGUAAGUUUGUGAUAGAUGUUCUCUUUAAUUUUGCAAAAGACAUGAACUAUAAGCAUGGGGACAUUAGUGGAGCUCUCGAAAAAAAUACCACCCUAAGCUCUUUGAAAAUAGAAAACCAAAAUAUAUGCAAAGGUGGAGAAAUUAAAUUAAAAGAAAGAGAUUUUCUCCGUAAAAACACUGCGCUGACUUCAUUAAGCCUUUGCGGAAAAUCUGGUUCUAGUUCCAUUGAAUUAGAAGAGGGAUUAGCCAAUGCUCCCCUUAUUAAUAAAAAACUAAAUACUUUAACUAUUCAGAAUUACAAUCUGAAACUAAUCACUAUAAAAGCGUUGACUAAGUUGAUCAUUAAAGACAUCUUACAAGUCUUGAAUAUUCAGAAUAAUGAUGAUAAUGGAUCAAAUGAUGACUUGGAAAAUGAAUUAAUGGAAGCUAGCCGAAAUUCUACACCACUACCUAAAUUUAGUAAGUAUUUGUAUCCUUUUUAUGAAAUGGGUAUAAACACUACAACCGAACAGACCGUGCGGAUAGUUUGGGCUUCAAGGCGUCUCUUUUUGCAUGCAUGCUUGAGAGAUAUUCGGCCAGCUCAUGUGAGUGGUCGCCUUGGGCAUGUGGCAAAGGUUGUAACUGAAUAG